AUGUUUGCCAUCGAUAGAAAUAACACGGACGACUGUCCACCCUGCUUCAAUUGUUUAUUACCAGGCUUCGAAUGCCUUCAUUUCGCUAAUUGUUCCGAGUACGACGGUAAAUGUGUGUGUCCACCAGGAUUUGGUGGAGAUGACUGUAAACAACCUUUGUGUGGUGCUUUACCGGACGGUCAUGAUAGAUCACCUCGUCAAGGAAAUCAUUGUGAAUGUCCUGAAGGCUGGGAAGGCAUCAAUUGUAAUGUAUGUACGAUGGAUUCCGUGUGUCAUUCCUUGGUACCUACGGGUCAAAACGGGACUUGCUACAGAAAUGGAUUGACUGUAUUUGAAAACUAUCAAAUGUGCGAUGUGACAAAUAGAAAGAUUCUUGAUAUUUUGAAAGGACAAAUUCCUCAAGUGACAUUUUCUUGUAACAAAAAGAAGGAAACAUGUGAUUUUCAAUUUUGGGUGGAUGAAAUUGAAUCUUUUUACUGUCAUUUGGACACUUGUGAAUUUGAACAACAACACGAUUAUGAUCAAAAUACCACCAAAUACCGUUGUGACAAUAUCGAAUGUCGUUGUAUCAAGGAUGAGUUUCUCUGCGGAAAAGAUGGAUCGAUUGAUCUGACAGACAUGCUGAAAGAGGAGAUCAAAGGCCCUGCCUCAUUCAACUGUGUGGGUCAAGACUGUGCCUUUUCAGAGGCGGCCAUGGACGAUUUGAUUUCGGCCGUUUUUGGAGACGAUUCCAUCUAUUUGUCGUGUAAUGGAGGUGAAUGUUUGCAUUACACGAUGGUGCCUGGC